AAAAGUGAAACAAACCUUGAGGAUCUGACAAACUGCCUGGUCUACGUCAUAGCAGCUGACAAAGUAUCAAUGAUGAAUCAUGAUGUCUUUAGAAAGAUAAGAGAAAUUAGAGAGAAGGCCAGCAGUCUGGAAAUUCCUCAGGUAAUCAUCAUGACGAGGGUGGAUGCAGUGUGCCCACUAGUCAGAAAAAAACUAAGAAAAAUCUACACUAGCAAGAAGAUAAAAGAGAAGAUGCAGGAGUGCUCUAAUUCAGUUGGUGUCCCUGUGAGCCACAUCUUCCCUGUGAAGAACUACCACGACGAGAUUGAUACACAAAAUGACAUGGAUGUGCUGAUCCUGAGGGCUCUCGCACCGAUUGUGCAAAUUGCAGAUGAUCUGGUGUACAGAAGAAAAAGUGGUUCUGAAAAAUGUUAAUCUGAAUCUAACACAAUAGAGAAAGCAUAGGCAAUUGUGGGAACGUGUAUUAAUGAAUUUUAAUUCUUCUCAUGCUGUGUAACGUAUAACUGUAGCUUUAUACUCAAGGCUGAACUGCCUCCUAUGUUUCUGGUAAGAACUGAUAAACCAGUACAUGGUGCACCAGGAACUGGGACGCAUGUCAACGCUUGAGCAGACAGGGAGGGUGAUAUAUGUACUUGGGAUUUCUGUGUUCUCAGCCACUUCUUCUCUUCUCAUCUGACACUUGACUAGUAAGCAUAAUUAAUAAAAGUCUCUUCUUCUCCACCCCAAA